AUGGGAAAGUUCAAUGGUCAUUUAUACCCAGGGCUAUAUCUUUUCUCCUAUGGACUAUAUCAGGCAACAGUGGUCUUUAAGGCCAUUAUAGUCAAUGACUCUCUCCUGUGUCCUUCAUGUCCUUUCAAGAAUAAGGGAAUGUGGGCCAGGCUGUGGGGAAUAUCCUAUGGAGGUUGGGUGAAGGUGGUGACUGGCUCUAUCCUAACGGUUUAUGUGGUCAUCUGUCUUGACGACGGGAUGGUGCUGAUGAACAGGAAGCAGCUAUCAAGAUUUAUGUACCCCAAAGAGUGGCAGCAUCUCACCAUGUUCAUCCUCCUCACCCUCAAUGGCUGCGUGGAUGUCACGAGCAAGAACUUGCUGCGUCAGAGGUGUGUGAUCCUAGAAAAAGGUACCCUGCUCCUGAUCUACUGCGUGCUCCUGAUGCUCUUGGUGUCACAUGUUCAAGGUUCAACAGGGGUGGAGCAGCGGGUUCAUUCUCUACUCAUCGUGGUGGUGUUCCAGUUGAUGCUGGUGUUGGCUGUUGAGCUGUGGGCUCCUAACGCAUUUCUCCUCUCGCUGAUCGAGACCUUUCUGUUUCUGAUGAUGGGCUCCUGGCUGAUGCAGGCGGGCUUUAUUCUGUACAGACCAGUCACCGGCUACCCAUGGCAGGAUGACGACGUCCGUGACAUCGUGUUUGUCACUGUCUUCUUCUGCUGGCAUGUGAUGAUCAAUGCUUUGUGCCUGUUGGGAAUCUAUGGCAUCUCUUCCUUUUGGCAUCGUUGUUACAGUCCCAGCUUGAAGAUGACGGGCUCCAAAGAAGCUCCAUAUCACGCAAGCCCUGAAGGCCCCGUCUACAAAUUGCUGCCGAAAGUGGAGCGCUCAGAGAAAGAUGAGCAGGUUCCUCUCCUUCCAGAGAGCUCACCUUGA